AGGAGACCAACACCACCACCUUCUCCGCUCUCUCUCCGGUUCCUCCAUUGCUUCUUCAUCUCUCCCGCUCAAAAGAUCCCGCCUUUCCCAACCCUUUUCCCCGCUCAUCAAUCUGCCGUUUUCUUCCUAUCGUUAAUUUGUUGACUCGCUAGUUGUUUUUUAGAAGGUGUACUUGAAGGAGGAUCUGCUAUAUUUACAUUCUGUUUUCUACCUCCAAUGGCUUCCGUAAGUGUGGCACCUUCUUCUGGAUUACGAGAACCGAAUGGAAAUACAGGCAGUGUCGGUAGAUUGCCUGAUGAGAUAAAUGACAUGAAAAUUCGAGAUGACAAGGAAGUGGAAGCAACUGUAAUUCAUGGUAAUGGAAUGGAGACAGGUCAUGUAAUUGUUACGACAAUUGGUAGUAAAAGUGGCCAGCCAAAGCAGACAAUAAGCUAUAUGGCUGAACGCAUUGUUGGGCAGGGAUCUUUUGGAGUAGUUUUCCAGGCCAAAUGCUUGGAGACAGGUGAAACUGUUGCUAUUAAGAAGGUUCUUCAAGAUAAGAGAUACAAGAACCGUGAGCUGCAAACCAUGUGUCUUUUAGACCACCCCAAUGUCAUCUCUUUGAAGCACUGUUUCUUUUCAACAACUGAGAAGGAUGAACUUUAUCUAAAUUUGGUCCUUGAGUAUGUCCCCGAGACAGCUCACCGCAUUAUCAAACAUUACAACAAAAUGAACCAGAGGAUGCCACUAAUAUUUGUGAAACUCUAUUUGUACCAGAUUUGCAGAGCACUUGCUUACAUUCAUAACACCAUUGGAGUGUGCCACAGGGACAUAAAGCCUCAAAAUUUAUUGGUCAACCCACAUAACCACCAGCUGAAACUAUGUGAUUUUGGAAGUGCAAAAGUUUUGGUAAAAGGGGAACCAAAUAUAUCUUACAUCUGUUCUAGAUACUAUCGAGCACCUGAACUAAUAUUUGGGGCGACUGAAUACACCACAGCCAUUGACAUUUGGUCUGCAGGCUGUGUACUGGCUGAACUACUGCUUGGACAGCCUCUGUUUCCUGGUGAGAGUGGAGUAGACCAGCUAGUUGAAAUUAUUAAGGUUCUUGGUACCCCAACAAGAGAAGAAAUAAAAUGCAUGAAUCCUAACUAUACUGAGUUCAAAUUUCCCCAAAUUAAAGCUCAUCCAUGGCACAAGAUAUUCCAUAAGCGCAUGCCCCCUGAAGCUGUGGACCUUGUCUCAAGACUGUUGCAGUAUUCCCCUAAGCUUCGCAGCACAGCUCUGGAGGCUCUGGUUCAUCCCUUCUUUGAUGAGCUACGGGAUCCCAACACUCGCCUCCCUAACGGACGUUUCCUUCCCCCACUUUUCAAUUUUAAGCCUCACGAGCUGAAAGGGGUGCCUGCAGAAAUGCUGGUGAAGCUGAUCCCUGAUCAUGCAAGAAAGCAAUGUACCUUCCUUGGAUUAUGAUCCGAGCCUUUAUCUUCCUACAUGAUGUCUGCCACUUGCAGAAAUCUGGUCUGUUGUAGAGAAAGUAGUCAUCAGUUUCAGAAAUUAUAUAUAAAAGUAAACUUUCAGAAAUUAUAUAUAGAAGUAAGAAGCUAUUUUGCUUUUUUCAUGCCCAAUGUUUAUUUGUUCCUUUAUUAAUUUUCUCCUAAUAUUUAUGUUCUUUUCCCAUGUUGAAAGCAGACCAGAGAGGUCUGCUUUGUGCUUGAUAUGCCCGUAAGACCUCAGUAUGUUGUGAACACAUUGGACACCAAGCCUCUUAGUAAAAUUAAUUCUUUUAA